CAAAACUAAUCCGCGUGGAGGUGUUGAUUUGUCUUCUAUUGAAACACUGCAGGAUAUUAUAUAUUUCCUGCCUUGGUCCAAUGCUGGCACAAGAAAAAAACUGCUAAUUUAUUUGAAGCACACAGAAUGAAAAUGUAAAAAGGUAUAUUUGCAACUACUGAAGCAACUACACGAUUUGCUUGACAAAACUGGCAGUAGUCCACAUUUUCACCAGUAUCGCAGAACAUUGCAGAAAUGAAUGUAGAGCAACUACUACCACAGGUGUCUCCAAAGCAGUGCCUUCUGGACCUUUACACCAAAAGAGAUAAAGUGGAGGCAUACCUUCAAUCUCUGAAGACCAGGAACACUGUUAUUACAAGCUCAGCAGAACACAUCAAGCAGCAGAUUUCUGAUCAGUAUGAAACAAUUAGAAAAGUAAUGAACAACGAUGAGAUAGCUACCAUGGAACUCAUUGACAAUGAAAAGAGGGUUGCUUUGGGGAAAAUCCAAAAGAUCGUCAAGGAAUGGACUACCAAUUUGGAUGAAAUAAAUCAAUCAAUCAAAAUAACCCAGAAGAUCAUUGACCAAGAAGAGAGCAAGCUGCAGUCAAGUGAAGGUCAGGAAGAAAGCCAAAUCCAAUCUAGAGAUGCUCAAGAAGCGAGUCAAAGCAGCGGAAGUCAAGCCACAGAUGUGAAGCCAACAGCAUUUGGCUAUUCAAAGAAAACGGAGAAUGAAAUAUAUGCCAUUAAAUUAGACGAAGGCAAAUUUCAGAAGAUAUCGAAAUUCAUACGAAACAUUUCUACCAAUCUGCAUUCACAAUUGCAAAGGAAGAUAUUCUUAUUAGAGUAUUCGCCAGUCAUCUUUGAUAUUGCAUCAGCACACAAGAAUGUGCUGGUUUCAAAGAAUCAAACCAGUGUAUGUGUGACCAGUGAAACACUGAGUGUUCCUGACAGCCCUUUGCGAUUUGACAAGGUCUACAAUAUCUUGGCCGCCAAAGGACUGAUGAGAGGAAAGCAUUAUUGGGAGGUGCAGGUCAAGUCUUCCUCCCAAUGGUCUGUUGGAAUUGCAUAUGGAUCAAUAGAAAGGAAAGGUAAACACAAAUCCACAAAACUUGGAAGAAACAGACAAUCUUGGUGCAUUGAACUCAAGGCCAGUCAGCUAUUCGCAUGGCAUAAUGACAGAAAUGUCAACUGCAGCAUGAAACCCUCUAAGUUGGAUAAAGUAGGGGUGUACAUUGACUAUGAGAAAGGACUUGCGGCAUUUUAUGAUGUUGAUAGCAUGAGGUUAAUACAAGAAUUCUCCAGCGUCACAAGAAGUCUUUUUGACAGAAUGCAUCAUCAUUUCACUGAACCAAUUUACCCUGCUUUUUGUCUCUUUCCAAUAGCUACCUCUCCUGUAUACUCUGACAAAUUGGAUAUUUGCAAAUCUGAUAUUUAGGAAGCAGCUAUAAAAAUGUACUAUUCUGAAAUUAUAGGUAUUAUAUAUUGAAUGCUAUAUUGUAUGCUACAUUAUAUGCUAUAAUUCACAAAGGUUCAAAUUUGGAUUUGACAAAAAGCAGUAAAAUGAAAUAAAGCGCUCCCACUCACGAAGAUAAAGGUAACAGGUUGCCAUUUAAUCCCAGCCCACUCCUCAUCACAUUUACAGUUUUAUUUACGAAAGUCAACAACUGGAGAAGAAAAACACUUCUACAACACGUCGCCAACUACAACAUGAUCCCACCACCUAUCAUAUCUUCUCCACCCUAUGUGAUUUCCGUAGCAUCCACCUUUUCCAUGACUCCUUGGCUUGCUCAUCCCUCCCUAUCCAUUGCACUUUACCCUGCAACAAUAGCAGGUUCAAUACCUGUCACAGUGGUACAGCAGGUACAGUGGUACAGAGCUGUUACACCACAGCCACAGAGACCCAGUUUCAAACCUGGUCCAAUCCCUCACGACCUAUGUCACCCUUCAUCUCUUCAAUUACUUCUGUUUUCCAGGCCCCCAUUCCCUCAUCUUUACUAUGGAUUUUCAGUUACUCUACACGUCCAUCCCCCAUCAGGAAGGCCUUAAAGACCUCCAUUUCUUCCUAGGCUGCAGAACCAGCCAAUUUCCUUCUACCAACACUCUCCUCCUCCCCUUACUUUUAACAACUUCUCCUUCGACUCCUCCCACUUCCUCCAAAUCUGACUACCCAUGGGCACUCGUAUGGGCCCCAGCUAUGCCUGUAUCUUUACAAAGUACAUCAAACUAUCCCUGUUCCAGGCUAAAUCUGGCCCUAUACCCAAACUCUAUCUCUGCUACAUUGACGACUGCAUCGGGACUACCUCCUGCACCCAUGCAGAACUCAGAGACUUCAUUAACUUCACUACUAAUUUCAAAUCCUGCACUCAAAUUCACUUGGACCAUCUCAGACUUUCCCCCUUCCAUUUCUUGAUCUCACCGUCUGCAUCACAGGAGACUGUUGAAUGACUCCCACAGCUAUCUACACUUCUCCCUACCCUGCUUCAUGCAAAGACUCCCAUUUCCUCCGUCUACACCGCAUCUUCGGCCAAGAUAAGGUGUUCUAAACCAGGACAUCUGAGAGUUCCUCAUUUUUAGGGAAUGGGUAUGUUUCUCUUCCAUCAUAGAUGAGGCUCUCACAGGGGUCUCCUCAGUGUCCUGCAGCUCUGCUCAUGCUCCCCCUCCCUCCAAUCGCAACGGGGACAGAGUCCCCCUAGUCCUCAUCUUUCACCCCAUCAGCCAUCACACACAGCACAUAAUCCUCCUCCAUUUUCGCCAUCUCCAACGGGAACCCAUCACUAGCCACAUCUUCCCAUCCCCACUUUCCGCAGAGACUGUUUCCUCCGCAACUCUCUGGUUAACUCAUCCCUUCCCACCAAAACCACCCCUUCGCCAGGUACGUUCGCCUGCAACCAUAAGAGAUGCAAUGCCUGUCCUUAUACCUCCUCCCUCAACUCUGACCAAGGACCCCAACAGUCCUUUCAGGUGAGACAGAGGUUCACUUGCACCUCCUCCAACCUCAUCUGCUGUAUCUAGCCCACUGAUCCAGGUGUGGACUCCUAUAUAUUGGCGAGACCAAGCGAGGCUCGGCGAUCAUUUUGUUGAAAACCUCCGCUCGGUCCGCCUUGGCCUACGUGAUCUCCGGAUGCUAAACACUUUAACACCCCUCCCAUUCAUGUACUGAGCUUUCUGUCCUGGGCCUCCUCCACUAUCAGAGUGGGGCCCAAAGCAAAUUGGAGGAAUAGUAUGUCAUAUUUCGCAUGGGCAACUUAUAAACCAGCAGUAUGAAUCUUGAGUUAUCUAACUUCGUAACCCUUGUUUCCCCUCUCUCUCCACCCCUCCCCAUCCUUGUUCACCAACUAAUUUCACUGUCCUGAUUACAUUUUACUGAUUGUAUGCCUCGUUGUAAUCAUCCCCUCGGUUAACAAUUAUACAUUCUACAUUUCCAUCCCCUUUGAUCUCUCGUUUUCACACCUUACCUUUCCAAAUUUCUUGUCUCCCUCCUCCCUGAGUCUGAUGAAGGGUCUCGACCUGAAAUGUCACCCAUUCCUUCUCUCCAGAGAUGCUGCCUGCCCAGCUGUUACCCAGCAUUUUGUGUCUAUCUUCAAUCCUGACCUUGGGUGCUGCCUUGUGGAGUUUACACAUUCUUCUUGUGGCUGCAUGAAUUUCCUCUGGUUGCUCCGGUUUCCUCCAAUAUCCCAAAGACUUGCAGGUUGUAGGUUAAUUGAUCUCAGUGAAUUGGACCUUGUGUGUAUUGAGUGGAUGUGAAAGUGGGAUGACAUAGAAUGAGUGUGAACAGGUGAUCAAUGGUCGGUGUAGACAUAGUUGGUCAAAGGACCUAUUUCCAUGCUGUAUCUCUAAGCUAAACUUGUCCCUACACCUUCACCUUCAAGAGUCAAGAGUUAAGAGUGUUUUAUUGUCAUAUGUCCCGAUUGGGACAAUGAAAUUCUUACUUGCUGCAGCACAGAAUAUGUGAAUAUGUAAACAUAGUACAUAAUGGGAGAGAGAGAAACCCCCCCAAUAAAUAACAAAUAUAGUGCAGUAAUAAUAUAGUAUUUUGCAG